AUGGCCGCGCUCCGGCCGUGUCCAUCCGGCUUUGCCGCGGGCUUCAGCACCUUGUCGCCACGCAUUGUCCAGCCGUUCGGCAGGCGAGGCAGGGCCUCCCUCUUCAACCUUAAGACGUCGACGGGUAGGACUGACCACCGCCAUGCGAUCUGCGCUCAGAAGGGCGCCGAUGAAGAGCCCUUCGACCUGGAUCCGGACAGCAUUAAGCGCAGGCUUGAGGAACAGGUCAAGAUGUUCCGUGCGAUAUAUCCGGAGAACUACUCUGAGUUGAAAAAGGUGGAAAAGGAUAUGCCAUUUCGAGAAGACAUAGAGAAAAUCAAUGAGUAUGACAAGGCAAUGUGCGAUUGUCAUAGCAGCAUUUUUCACAUAGACGCCACAACUUUUUCAUUGUAUUUUUGCAUGAUAGCUACUAAAGGUGUGAAGCUAGCUUCCAGCGUCAUGGAAACUGCAGCUUCAAGACUUGAUAAGCGUGAUGAAAUUUCUUCAUGUACAACAAAGCAGACCCUCGCAAUGUAUGUAUCCAGCUUUGUUAAGCUAGUAAAGGACGCGUAUGAUAAGAAGUUCAACGAUGAGUCCAUUUUUUCACUUAUUGGUGCUUUUAGAGGCGUGGCCGCAGUAGGCCGCAUCUUGCUUCAGGACACCGUGUCUAGUGUUGGACGAAGACAACACUUCUUGGCGCGAGUUUGA